UUCUCCCUGAGCAGCAGGAGCGAUCCUCUGAGAUGGAGCAGGAGCCACAGCCACCCCACAUUAAAAAGGAAGAGGAGGAGCUACAGCUCCCUCAAAUUAAAGCAGAAGAGGAGCCGCAGCACUGCCAUAUCAAUAAAGAGUAUGGGCCACAACUCUCUCACUUUAAAAAGGAAAAAGAGGAGGAACUACAGCCCCCUCAAAUUAAAGCAGAAGAGGAGCCGCAGCACUGCCAUAUCAAAAGGGAAUACGGGCCACAACUCUCUCACUUUAAAAAGGAAAAAGAGGAGGAACUCACCCCAGAAUUUAAAAGGGAAGACGACAAGCACCAAAUUAAAGAAGAGGAGGAGUCACCGGCCCCUCAGAUCAAAGUAGAAGAGGCGAAACCAGAGCCACCUUGCAAUAAAGAGAAAGGGUUAACAAAGAAGAGGAUGAGCCACAGCCCCUGCACACUAAAGAGGAAGAGGAGGAGCCACAAAGGCGGAAGUAAGAAGAAGGGAGAGGCGGAGCUUCCAGCUGAUGGAGACCACCAUCUCUUAGCUCCACUCUCAGGUAGUGAGGACACCACCUAUGAUGAUGAUGAUGACUGUAAAUAUAAAACAUGUUCUUACUGUCAUAAACCUUUCAAUAAGCCCAGUCAUCUCAAAAUACACCUGAGAACGCACACUGGAGAGAAACCCUUCGUCUGCUCCAUUUGCAGCAAAGGUUUCUCCCAAAAAGGAAACUUGACAACCCACAGCAAAAUACACACCGGUGAGAAACCCUACAUCUGUUCAGUCUGUGGUAAAGGUUUCGUCCAAAGCAGCGUUUUGAAAGCGCACAUGAAAAUACACACCGGAGACCAACCGUUCUCGUGCUCGGUGUGUAGUAAGAGGUUCUCCCAGAAAGCAGGUCUGGUCAAACACACCAGUGUUCACAGCGAGGAAAAAAACUUUACAUGUUCGGUCUGUGGUAAAGGCUACGUCCAAAAGUGUGACUUGAAAAAACACGUGAAAACGCACACCGGGGACAAACCUUUCAAAUGCCUCGUCUGCGCUAAAGGUUUUGUACAAAAAGGCGAUCUGAAAUUACACAUGAGGACGCACACGGGAGACAAACCCUUCGCCUGCUUCGUUUGCGGCAAAAGGUUCUCCCAGAAAGGAAAUUUGAUGGCGCACGCCAGAAUGCACACCGGGGAAAAACCAUUCACGUGUUCAUUCUGCGGCAGAGGUUUUGCACAAAACUGCGAUUUGAAAGUGCACACCAGAAUACACACCGGUGAGAAAGUGCUGAGUUGCAGCGUGUGUGACGAAACGUUCUCCAUUUAGGCUGCUCAUCACCACUUCAAGAUGGCGGCCCAAUUUCCGGCGUCACAGCAGCUGCGUCUACGUAUAAAGAUGUCUAUGGGGGCGGGCCUCACUAGCCAGGCCGAGUCCAGUGCGCAUGCGCGACGCUCCACAAGUUGCAGCCGGGAGCGGACAAGUACAAAGAGGAGUUCUUUGGCCGGGUGCUUGGACUUCUUGGACCUGCACAGGUGGACUAAAAACUCCCCCCCCCCCGGACCCCGCAGUCCAAGCGAGAACCGGAACGAGAGGACCGAGGAGGAUUCGCUGUGUUGCGUUCAAGUCCGACAACGCAGGCACCUUGCAUCGGGUAAG